AUGUACGUGGAUCCCCAAAACCAUAACGAAAUUAGUAAAUUGGAUCCUGAAAUCUUAGAGAAAUUGAAAGAUGACAAGGAGGAUCAUACGGAUCACGUUUUGGAAGAUACUCCCGAGGAAAAUCACGAAGAGAAAGAUCAGCAAGAGAAUUUCACCAUUCAUACCACUAAAAGAAGAGAUGCCAAUGAAUUAAGUGAAUCAUCACAAAACCCAUCUGGGAAUAGUGAGAAACGAGAUACUCAAUUACAAAAAGUGCUCGGUAAGAAAACGUCAGGAAAAUACACAAUAGAUGAUUUCAAUAUAUUAAGAACAUCGGGAACAGGUUCCUUUGGAAGAGUUCAUUUGGUUCGUUCUGUUCAUAAUGGACGAUUUUAUGCUUUAAAAGUAUUGAAGAAACAAACCGUGGUUAGAUUGAAACAAGUUGAGCAUACGAAUGAUGAACGUAGAAUGCUAUCCGUGUCCGUACAUGCCUUUAUUGUUAGAUUAUGGGGGACGUUUCAGGAUUCUGAGCAUUUAUUUAUGAUUAUGGAUUACGUAGAAGGUGGUGAAUUGUUUUCAUUGUUAAGAAGAUCUCAAAGGUUCCCCAACCCAGUAGCCAAAUUCUAUGCAGCUGAAGUAUGUUUAGCAUUGGAUUACUUGCAUAGUUUGGAUAUCAUAUACAGAGAUCUAAAGCCUGAGAAUUUGUUACUUGAUAGAAAUGGUCAUAUUAAGGUGACGGAUUUUGGGUUUGCAAAAUACGUACCCGAUGUUACUUAUACAUUAUGUGGUACACCCGAUUACAUUGCUCCUGAAGUUAUCAGUGCGAAACCAUAUAAUAAAUCUGUGGAUUGGUGGAGUUUUGGUAUUUUAAUUUACGAAAUGUUAUCUGGUCAUACCCCAUUCUAUGAUUCCAGUACGAUGAAGACUUACGAGAAUAUCUUAAAUGCUCCAUUGAAGUUCCCCAAAUAUUUUACCCCUGAUGCACAAGAUCUCUUAUCGCGAUUAAUUACAAGAGAUUUAACGGAAAGACUUGGUAAUUUACAAAAUGGUACCGAGGAUAUCAAGAAUCAUGCAUGGUUUAGUGAAGUCAUUUGGGAUAAAUUGUUGGACAGAUGUAUAGAGACACCAUAUGAACCACCAAUUCAACAAGGACAAGGUGAUACUUCUCAAUUUGACAGAUAUCCAGAGGAAGAGGUAACAUACGGUGUACAUGGAGAUGAUCCAUAUGCUGAUUCAAUGACAGAAUUUUAA